UUUCAUUUCAUUUUCACAUUUUUUUUUUCCUUUUUCCAUCGAUUUCCAAAAUCCCUCCAAGUUUACACUCAAUCCAUGACUUUUCCUAACGUACAGUUGUAUAUAUAUCUGUAAGUAUUCGAGUUCGUGUUUCAUUUGAGGUUUAUUUGCAUAUACAGCUCAAGUGUGUGAAGAUUCUAUAGAUUCAAAGAGGGGAGAGGGUUGGAGCGAAGAUAGGUAGGGGAGAGAAGAGGAAAAUGGCGCCGAUGGCAGCGGCGUCCGCGGCGGCGAUGCAGGCCGAGCAGCUCAGGCAAGAAGGCAACGCGUACUUCAAGAAGGAUCGAUUUGGGGCCGCCAUUGAUGCUUACACCGAGGCUAUUGCGCUGUGCCCUAAUGUCCCGAUAUAUUGGACGAAUCGGGCUCUGUGCCAUCGUAAACGGAAUGAAUGGGCAAGAGUAGAGGAGGAUUGCAGGAGGGCGAUUCAGCUUGAUCACCAUUCGGUAAAGGCCCACUAUAUGCUUGGUCUCGCACUUCUACAAAAGAAAGAAUUCACAGAAGGUGUCAAAGAAUUGGAAAAAGCAUUGGACCUUGGGAGGGGUGCAAAUCCAAAGGGGUAUAUGGUAGAAGAGAUAUGGCAAGAGCUUGCACGAGCCAAGUACUUGGAAUGGGAACAUGAGUCCACUAAGCGUUCUAGCGAACUUCAAAACUUAAAAGUUUGGUGUGAAGAAGCUCUGAAGGAGAAAUAUGCCCUUAAUGGUUCUCAAACUGAAGGUUUAGUAGAUGAAAAUACUCGCAAGUCUAAUCAAAAUCGGUUGGAAGCUUUAGACCGAGUUUUUAACAAAGCUGCUGACAAUGACUCUCCAACUGAGGUGCCGGAUUAUCUGUGCUGCAAGAUCACCUUAGACAUUUUUCGUGACCCUGUAAUUACUCCUUGUGGGGUUACAUACGAAAGAGCUGUGAUCCUAGAGCACUUGCAGAAGGUGGGUAAAUUCGACCCAAUCACUCGCGAAACCUUAUAUCCACCUCAGCUUGUACCAAAUUUGGCCUUAAAAGAAGCUGUAAGAGCGUAUCUUGAUGAGCACGGUUGGGCUUAUAAGAUGGAUUGACGUUUGGCAAAGACACAGUUUUUGUUUUUUUUUUUUUUUUU